GUAACUAAGAGAGGGGACGGGCUGGUUGGAGCCUCUCCUUUGUGUCCGGCGCAGCCGUCGCAAACUCUCCCGGGGUCCGCACGUUUUCCCGAAGGCAGCCCGGGGCACCGCGCCGGGAUGAUCGCGUCGCUGUCCCGCGGGAAUCUGCUGGAUGUGCUUCAGGAAGGUUUCAAUGAGCAACAGCUGCAGGCGUACGUGUCCUGGGUGAACUCCCAGCUGAGGAGGAGGCCGGGGCUGCAGCCUGUCCAGGACCUGAGGCGGGACCUGCGGGACGGGGUCGUCCUGGCCCACCUCGUCGAGAUCGUGGCGGGCGAGCUCCUGGAGGGCGUCCACUACAGCCCAGCCGACCCCCAGGAGAUGCGGGAGAACGUGGAGAAGGUCCUGCAGUUUGUCGCCUCCAAGCUGGAGAGGAGGCUGGCAGUGAAAGACAGAUUGACAACAAGGCGGAGCUCCAGCGUGGACGAGGAGAUCGAGAACCCGUCGUGGAGCGUGCGGGCACUGGUGCAGCAGUACGAGGGCCAGAGGGAGGCGCCGGCGGGGGACAGCGAGGCCCUGCCGUCCGGUCUGAGCUCCCCCAGCCCAGCUCACACCCCCAAGGGAGAGCUCGCCGUUGGCCAAUCAGAGAGCCAGGAGGCGAAACUCAGCGCCCAGCUAGAGGAGGCUCGUUGCAAAGCAGAGGUGCUGGUGAUGGCGCCGCUGGGCGGGCCUGUGGGGGCGGGGGAGGGCAGCUCCUGGGAGGACCAGCUGCUGGAGCAGCAGGAGCAGCUGGAGAGGGAGAUGGAGGAGGCCAGGAGGAUGAUCUCCAGCCUGCAGGUGAGUCCUGGCACCUCUGGCACGUUUUCCGUUUCAGGUGAUACCAGACGGUCUGGAACUGCAUUGAAAAGGAGGAAGGAGGCAGAAUCCAUCGGAAAUGCACUUUCUCAUCCCACAUCCCACAAAGUCCAUUCUUUCCAACCGAAAUUGACAAGAGCAACGAGUCCAGCUGUGGUUCUGGGUCUCUUCUGUUUCCUCCUCUGUUCUUCUCUAACCACUCUCUGUUCCCUCCCCGUUUCACUGUCCGCUCUUCUUCCAUCUCGCUGCUUCUCUGUCCUGCUCUUUUUAUCUGACAGUGACAGACCCCUCGGCCUCUCUCUCUCUCAGGACGCCCUGCAGCAGCGCAUGUCCCUGCAGGAGAGCUCUGUCCUGCAGCUCAAACAGGAGCUCCUGAGGGCCAGCAUGGCCAGAGAUGAACUGCACAGCCAGAAUGUGAACAACACGAAGCGUCCAGAGUGACAGCAGCCUGUGGUGUGUCUGUGUGUGUCUGUACAGAAGGAGCUGGGACACAAGGACAGACUCCUGCAGCAGCAGCAGCUCAAGCUGGAUGAGGCCUUGCGCAAAGUGGAGCAGGCCGCCCGCGGGUCCCUGAGCCCGUCUCUGUGUGCUUGUGUCCCGCAGAGCCGGGGGAAGUCUCCAGGCCGGCGGGCCGCCCAGUCAGACCGGGACUCCUGGCCUCCCAGCUCCAAGAUGUCUCAUUCCCACAGCAGUCCUGUUCUCUCCAGCUCCGCCACCACCAAAGUGCUGUACUUCACCGACCGCUCCCUCACACCCUUCAUGGUCAACAUCCCCAAGAGGCUGGGUGAGGUGACGCUGAGAGACUUCAAAGCCGCUGUGGACAGAGAGGGCAGCUACAGGUACCACUUCAAAGCUCUGGACCCUGAAUUUGGCACCGUAAAGGAAGAGGUGUUCCACGACGACGCGGUGGUCCCGGGCUGGGAGGGGAAGAUCGUGGCCUGGGUGGAGGAAGACCAUGGCGAGGACAGGCAGUCUUGGUGGCAGGGGGACCCGACCAAAGAGUGACUGUGCUGCCGGAGCACCACGAUGUCCCCCCUUCCUCCACCCUCCUCCUCCUCGAGCCCAGUAGGCCGCAGGGGAGGUCCUGCACACCUCCCAUUCCACAAUCCCGCGGGCUGAGGGGAAGUGGGCACUGGUGUGGCCCCAUGAGCCCGCGCUCGAGUGGCCGGAGCGGACAGCUGUGGUCAGGCUUGUCCAAUGUGUUAGCAGUGGGAAGGAGCUCCAGCCGGAGAGGCGCUGUGCAGAUUUGCUAAAGGGUCCCACCCCCCCGCCCGAGCCCGAGCCCGAGCCCUCUGUGACAGUCGAUGUCUCGCGCUCUCAGAUGCUGCAGGAUGUGGCUCGUCACACCCCGCCGACGUCGGGGACCCCUCUCCAGGUUCUUCAAGACCCUGCGCCUCUCUGCUGUGUCUGACGUCCAUCCCAGCCUGGCGUGGUGAUGGGAAUUCACUGGAAACUGCCGGGACCUCCUUCCCACCUGAGGAGGGCGGAUAAUGGCGUUCAGGCCCAGACAUUUUGUACGCCUGGGCCUGAACUUGCUCAGGAAGGGAUGUGGUCGAACUCAUAUGCCUUCAGCAGGCUGGCCUUCUGGGACUCCGCUGUGCUGCAGUGUACAGACUUGACUGACCUGCUAAACGUUGUGCCAAAUGAUGUGAAGACUGCACACAGAAUCCAGUAAGGGCGCACACUGCAUCCACACAGCAGCAGCGCUGUCUCUGUCCUCCUCCCACCCCUGCGGCCCCUCCUGCUGCACAGAGCUGGGGCCUCAAAGUCAGCUUUCAGCCAAAGACCACACGACAUGCUCCCUGCAAUAGGAAAGACGGCCAACAUUCCUGACUGUGCUUCUGCACGAGCUUAGACAAGGAGAAGCUUAGGAACUGCCUGGAAUAUUAGUUCAGCCAGGGGAAUGAGACUCCGAUUGCAUUGCACUCUACUCCACUCCAGGAUUUGUGGCUCCACCUCAGACAUGCAGUAUGUAGUACCUGUACACUUUUACUAUUGCUAUCUUAUUUUUAGAACGAUUUACACAUAAACACACUGCACAUGCAGAAUAAGAUCAGAUACAGUUUAAUAGUUCAACUUUAUGAUGAUGUAAUUACUUUAUUAUUGUUUCACUGUUUCAUCACCAGUUUGUUUGAGAGCCGGGGUGUGGCAAAACCAGAAGUGGAUCAAACUGCUGUGCAAUCCGUCUUUUUUGAUUGAAUCGGAGAGCUUUGAGGACUCUUCCGGGCCAAGACUCAGUAGUAUCAUUUCUGUACUGAGAGCUCUUUUUUUAGGUACUUUGUUAAUAAAUACAGGUAAAUUGCA